CAAAAACACACAAUCCCGUAUCCGAAUUCUCUAAAUUCCCAGCAUUUCAAGGAAAUCGAAUUACAUUUAAGGUUUAAAGGCUACAAUUAGAGCUAAUCCGCAAUGGAGUUUCUGGACCCAAAGAUCCACAGCGCCGACAAGUUGUGCGACCAAUUCGAAGAGUAUAAAAAGAAGCGUGAGGAAGCGCACUUGGAGCUGAAGAACAAGGUGAACACCAUGUUCAAUUUGAAAGCGGAUAUCAAGGAGCUCAACGAAAAUAUGGAAACACUUCGCAUUGGAAUGCAACAGCUGGAUGACCAGCAGAAGGUUCAGCUGCAUCAGGGAAAGCUAAUGUCUCAGUCGAUGUUCGGUACCAUUGAGGCUGCUCCUCCAGAUGAAGGACAAGUCCCUUUGAAGGACGAAGAUACCAUACCCAACAAGCUCUUGAUAAAGUCCGAGGUAAAAAAAUGUCUCUUUGAGGGCUGCCAAAGGCGAAUAGACAGCCAGUUGCUUUUGCUGCACUACCUAUGUGAUCAUGAGAACAAGGAAGCUUCCUUUCAGCGCUUUCUUCCCGUAGUGAAACAUGAACGGGCUGUGCUUUCUUUUAAGCCGACGAGCUGUAAGAAUCCUGAUAAUCAGGUGUUGGGACUCCUGGCUUACAAUGCACAACAGUUAUUGAUAUCCCAGCGGCAAUGUGAGCCCUAUAACAGCUUCCCGCUGAACCAACACUCGCACCUGGAUAGUCACAUCCCGUUGGUGGUGCUAAUUUCCCAGACAUUGCCCAAUACGGCUCUGCGGAAUAGGCGUUCACCAGAUAGCCACAGAAACAGUGAGUUCGUCCUCUGGCUGGUUACACCCAGCGACGGACUGCAGUUGAACGUUACGCUCAGUCUCUAUGGAAGAGAUGUUGCACUAAGAACCAGCUGUGUUUUAGGUGUUCGAAAGGUUAAUAAUAACCGGGACGCGGACUAUUACAUGGCAGUCGACGAAAGUUACUGGCGUCUGACGUACGCCGAAGUGGAGAAACUCUCAAACAACUUUCGUGACGAACUCCACCUGGAGGUUGUAGUUACUGAGUCCGAGGGAAACGUGUAACCUCUGCUUACUUACAUUUGCGUUGUCCUGGAGUGCCUUGCACUUAGACUGCUCCGCCGGAUCGGUCAGCUCCGCGAUGCGUUUGUCCAGUAACUGGGCAGGACAGAGAACAAGAAAAAAUGACAAUAAAUUGCAUAAUGCCUGCAUUACGUGGCACAAUACUCACGUUCGUUUGCUCAAUCAUCAGCUGGAGGUAGGCAUCUGCCUCGGAAACACGGCGCGCCACCAACUCCAGGUGGUUGGGUCUUCUGCCGCCUGUUCCGCUCCCGCCCCCUUCCUUCGUGUAGCCACCGGCGAUGUAGAAAGCGCUUUGGCUGUCCCACAGACGCGACCGGUUCGCGUGGCGUCGAAUGGUGUCCUCCAGGCGGCGCACCCACUGCUCCCGCUCCUCGUUGUGUCGCGCCUGCAAGCGUUUGGAAAGUUGGCAAGUUUAGUGGGCUCCUUUGCUUGUGUAUGGGUAUUGGAAAAAGUUUUAUCGUUACAUCAAGGCAACAAAGUCAAACAAAAGGUGGAACGUGAGGACCAGACAGUGGUUUCUGGGUCGAUGCCCGGAUACCCUUUUCCGGUAAGAGGACGAAAACUCUUGGCAAGCAAAGCGGAUAGGCCAUCAUGCUUGCUUUAUAUCUUUUGGGACGAAAACGCGAAUUGCAAAAAGAAACGUGCUGCCCUCUUGAUCUACAUAGUUUUUGCUUACGUAUACCACUAGACGUCAUAAAAAAUCAAUGCAAGUGUGGAAUUUAAAAUGAGUUGGUUCUUCAGUUCAU